AUGGAAGAUGUUAAUAUGAAGGAUGAAAUUGAACAUGGGAACAUUACAAAUAACUUGGCUUCAAAAAAUGAAAUGUUAAGCAAUCUUGAAGGCCCAAAUUUGACAUUCCAAAUACACGAAGAAGAUCAUACAUUAGGUAAUGCAUUACGUCACCUGGCAAUGUUGAAUCCAAAUACAACAUUCGCAGGCUAUGCAAUUCCUCAUCCAUCUAUUUCCACCAUGAACUUAAGGAUAGAAACUUUAUCGAAUGUUGAGGUUGACAAUAAGAACUGUUUUCUGGACUUAAAAACAGUACCCAACUCAAGUUUAGAUAGAAAAAAUAAUACAAAGAAGAAAAAUGAUAAAGUAGGGGCUACACAAGUUCUCCUGAAGGCAUGCGAUGAUCUAAAUUCUAUAUGUAAUAAAAUUGAAGAUAAAUUUGAUAAGGCAGUACAAAUUUAUCUCUCAAGUAAUUAA